UCCCAGCACAGGCUGUGCCCGAGUCUCCAAGCCUCUUCUGUCAGGGAAGGCUGCCCCAUUCGUGAGCUGUUUAUCGCUCCAUUACACUCUUUUAAAUUUAAUUCGGCUGAAGUUUUUCUUUUGUCGGAGGGUGUCAGACAGCAGGUCUGAAGGAGACCUUCUAGUGACCCCCAGGAGUGCUGAGUAAACAGGCCAGGUGCCCGCAGGACCCGCUCGUGUCCGUUGAUCUCUCAGAGCCUCUGGGGAUAGUGUCCUGUGUACCUAAGGUGGAGAAGCAACUGGUGUUCAAGAGGACCUACGUGCAACCUUAACUAAGCAUGGACUCCUUAGAACCAGCACCACUUCCGUGUCCUUCCUGAGUGCUCGUAUGUUGAUUAAGCAUGGACUCCUUAGAACCAGCACCACUUCUGUGUCCUUCCUGAGUGCUCAUAUGUCAAUUAAGCAUGGACUCAUUAGAACCAGCACUGCUUCCGUGUCCUUCCUGAGUGCUCGUAUGUCAAUUAAGCAUGGACUCAUUAGAACCAGCACUGCUUCCGUGUCCUUCCUGAGUGCUCGUAUGUCAAUUAAGCAUGGACUCAUUAGAACCAGCACUGCUUCCGUGUCCUUCCUGACUGCUUGUAUGUUAAUUAAGCAUGGACUCAUUAGAACCAGCACCGCUUCCGUGUCCUUCCUGAGUGCUCGUAUGUCAAUUAAGCAUGGACUCAUUAGAACCAGCACCGCUUCCGUGUCCUUCCUGACUGCUUGUAUGUUAAUUAAGCAUGGACUCAUUAGAACCAGCACCGCUUUCGUGUCCUUCCUGAGUGCUCGUAUGUCAAUUAAGCAUGGACUCAUUAGAACCAGCACUGCUUUCGUGUCCUUCCUGAGUGCUCGUAUGUCAAUUAAGCAUGGACUCAUUAGAACCAGCACUGCUUCCGUGUCCUUCCUGACUGCUUGUAUGUUAAUUAAGCAUGGACUCAUUAGAACCAGCACCACUUCUGUGUCCUUCCUGAGUGCUCGUAUGUCAAUUAAGCAUGGACUCAUUAGAACCAGCACUGCUUUCGUGUCCUUCCUCAGUGCUCGUAUGUCAAUUAAGCAUGGACUCAUUAGAACCAGCACCGCUUCCGUGUCCUUCCUGACUGCUUGUAUGUUAAUUAAGCAUGGACUCAUUAGAACCAGCACCGCUUCUGUGUCCUUCCUGAGUGCUCGUAUGUCAAUUAAGCAUGGACUCAUUAGAACCAGCACUGCUUUCGUGUCCUUCCUCAGUGCUCGUAUGUCAAUUAAGCAUGGACUCAUUAGAACCAGCACUGCUUUCGUGUCCUUCCUGAGUGCUUGUAUGUCAAUUAAGCAUGGACUCAUUAGAACCAGCACUACUUCCUUGUCCUUCCUGAGUGCUUGUAGCUUUUGUAAUUAACAAUUCUGCAUUACAUGAGUCACCCUGGAAAAGAUAAAAUGAGUGAAAUUAAAUAUAUAUUGGUGUGGUGACUUCUAACCUGCUAAAGUAGUUACGACCAACAUUUGGUUUGCCAAAUCCAUAUUCCUGGGAAGAGAAUCAAAGCCGCAGGCCCAUUCAGCUACCUGAUGAGCCAUUUAACAUUCAUAGAGGAAUUUCAUUCCAUGGUCAUUUUCAGUACAUGUUUUCUGGUUAUAUAAAAGCUUUCCCAUGCAAAAGGGCUAAUGCUAUAACAGUGGAUUAUUAUGCUACAGUGUACUGUCACUGGAUAAAGAAAGCUUUUUAAGGCUUAUGGACUGAGGACAAUCAACCUCAGUCACAAUCUAAAACCCAAACACUGGCCCUUCUGAGAAAAGACUGCCCUUGCCACUCACACUGCAACAAAACUUCAGGACCUUGAACCUUGGGUUCAUAAUAUCAUGACUGAGUAGGAUCCUUCCACACUCUUGGAACUAUACACCCAUUGGAACCCUUAAGGUAAAGCUAACCUGAGAAGUUUCUCCCCAAAAGAAGAUGGCAUCCUUGAUGUGAACAGCUUUUUCUAAGAUCACAGAGCAAGACUUCUAUGCUAUCAUGAGGGUCUUAUCUUUGAAUAUUUUCCCCUUGCUUGUGCCUCUAUGAACAACAGAAGUGAAAAGAGGGUCUGUUGUGUGCACUUAUCGGGUAUAUUUUUAUUUGCAAAGAAUUUUGCAGCCAAACUUAUGCAUGGGUAAACUUAUAUGUUGGUAGAUAAAAGACAAAGGCCCAGUGUAAGUGAGAAACUUUAAUUGUACAUGUGUUGCCUCAUAGUCAGUCAGAAACAGAACAUCGGUUCACUCUUUUUAACUCCCAUCACGGGUUAAAAAGAACAUUGCUAGGAGACCUUCAGUGUUCUAGAAGGGCAUCGUCUCUUAGGUCAUUUUUCCACAGUUUGGAGUAAAAGAGGCAAUGAUUGAAAAUGUAUCUCUCAUGAUAGGCUCUGUAGAAAAUCCUACUGUAAAGGCUAUGGUCACCUAACAGACUUUAAACUACCUUGUGAAAGCUAUGCUAAAUAAUAUAUUUGCUCAGAUUACUUACUGGCUAAACAGAAGCAUCUGUGUAGCUGCUGGCACUUGUGGCUCAUGGAGGAAACACUGGGUAUUACAGAGAUUCAGUUGUAGGGAAUUAGCAGGGAAACUGCUUAGUUAAGUGAGUAGACUAUCUAGCUCAUGCUUUGAUCUAUUGUAUUUUAGACUGUUUGGUUUAUGGGGAUCCUGGGUAAGAAGCAUACUCCAAACUCUCGAUAUAAUCAUAAUAGUAGUUUCCCUUGGUGCACUGUAUUCUCUCAAAAGUUUCAAAUGUCUAGAUGCAGCCAUCUCUGGAAUGUCAAAUGGUCUCUCUUCAACUGGAAUGACAAGACCUGAAAGAAAUGUGUGACCUUGAGGACACUGUAGCCUAUGAAUGACAUGCUGCAACCAGAAACCCAAAAUGAUGGUAAUGAGAGUGACGCUAGAGCCCUAAGUUUUGAUCACACUCUUACCUAAGUGAGAACCUGGUUAAAAAGGGAAUUUUCAUGUCUCUGUCUCCUUCAAUUCUGCUCUGAUUUUGGUUAUCUCUUGUCUCCUGCCAGCUUUUGAAUUUGUUUGCUCUGAUUCUCUAGUCCUUUUAAUUGUGACGUCAGGGUGUUGAUUUUAGAUCUUUACACUUUCUCAUAUGGUCAUUUAAUGCUAUAAAUUUCCCUCUAAACACUGCUUUAGCUGUGUCCCAGAGAUUCUGGUUGUGCCUUUGUUCUCAUUGGCUUUGAAGAACUUAUUUAUUUCUGCCUUAAUCUCGUUAUUUACCCAGUAGUCAUUCAAAAGCAAGUUGUUCAGUUUCCUUGUAGUUGUGCAGUUUUGAGUGAGUUUCUUAAUUCUGAAUUCUAAUUUGAUUGCACUGUGGUCUGAGAGACGUUUGUUAUGAUUUCUGUUCUUUUACAUUUGCUGAGGCGUGUUUUACUUCCAAUUAUGUGGUUACUUUUAGAAUAAGUGAUGUGUGGUGCUGAGAAGAAUGUGCAUUCUGUUGAUUUGGAGUGGAGAGUUCUGUAAUGUCUAUUAUGUCCCGGAUCUGUGGUUUGGUCCCAAACAUCAAUUUGGGAGAAAUUCUCACUCAUUACACACUCAACUACUUCUUCUGUUCUUUUCUAUCCUCAAGCUGCAAACAGACUUUUCUCAGCUUUGUCCAUGUCCAGUCUAGUGAUAUGCCUAAAAAUGCCUUUUUAUAAAAAUGUGUUUUUAUAAAAUGACAUUUUCCAUUUCUGUUACAGUGUUUUUGAUGUCCAGCAUAUCUUUUUGAUUCUUUCUUAGGAUUUCCAUCUCUCUGCUUACACUUUCCAACCAUCUUCAUGCCAAUCAAUUUAUUCAUUAGAGCUCAGCAUAGUCAUUCUAGUUGUUUAAAAUUUUCAGUUUGCUAAUUCCAACACCUCUGCUAUAUCUGAUUUUGAUGCUUGCUCUGUCUCUUCACACUGUGUUUUUUGCCUCUUACUGUGUCUUGUAAUUUUUAACUGGUAACCAUAAAUAAUAUACUUGAUAAAAGGAACUGCAGUAAACAAGCUUUUAGCACUGUGGUGGUCAUACACAAAGAAGGGGCGGCAUUCAGUAGCCUUAUGGUUACAUGAUGAGGUGUCAGCCUUUUAGAGAGUCUGUGCCUCUGGCCGGGCGUGGUGGCUCACGCCUGUAAUCCCAGCACUUUGGGAGGCCGAGGCGGGUGGAUCACGAGGUCAAGAGAUCGAGACCAUCCUGGUCAACAAGGUGAAACCCCGUCUCUACUAAAAAUACAAAAAAUUAGCUGGACAUGGCGGCGCACGCCUGUAAUCUCAGCUACUUGGGAGGCUGAGGCAGGAGAAUUGCCUGAACCCAGGAGGCGGAGGUUGCGGUGAGCCGAGAUCACGCCAUUGCACUCCAGCCUGGGUAACAAGAGGGAAACUCCGUCUCAAAAAAAAAAAAAAAAAAAGAAAGAAAAAGAAAAAGCCUCUAGGAGAGUCUGUGCCUCUGUACUGUGAAUUUCACAUGUGCUUCUGAAUUCCUUCCCCCUCCAUUAGAUAGGACGCAGUGGCUGCUGGCAUAUUUCCUUGUCACCAGGACACGUAGGCUCUUAUGAAACCUCAUCGGGUCAGGCUCUGGUUGAAUAGUUUUCUCCUGAGAGCAGACAUUAUUAAGAAAACAGAAUGCUUUAGCAUAGUUUAAAAUGAUUCCUCUCCCCUCUGCCUGCCAGAAGCAUGAGGGAGUUUUUCUCUGAUAGUCACUAUGAGGAUCUAGUAAAAUUCAAGAUGUUAAAACUCACACGAGGAUGGUGUCUUAGUCCACUGGUGUUUCUAUACCAGAGUGCCUAAGACCAGAUAAGUCACAGAGAACAGAAAUCAAUUUCCCACAGUUCUGGAGGCUGGAAAGAGGUCUGGUUGCCUGGCAGGGACCUGGGCUCUGCUUCCAAUGUGGUGCCUGAAAUGCCACAUCCUCCAUAGAGGAGAAGUGCCAUGUCCUCAUAUGGUGGAAAGCUGAAGGGCAAGUGCACUGGACACUGCGUACGGCCUCUUGAAUAAAGAUGUUGACCUCAUUCACAGGGAGCAGCCCUCAUGGCCUAAUCACCUUUCAAAGACCCCACGCUUUAACAUUGCCCCACUAAAGGGAUAGUAUUUGCCACUUAUAGUUCAGGAUUUCCUGCCCUCACAUUGGUUCCCACAAGGGUUGAUGCUCCGGGCUUUCUGUUGUGGUAAGUUGCAAUUCACUAUAUUUUCCUCUUUCUAGUCUUCCUUCUGUAACUUAUUUCUAGUUUCAUUCCAUUCUGGAAAAAGAAAUUUGUAUGAUUUGAUACUCGAAAUAGCAUGACUUAUUUUAUGACCUAAUAUACUGUAAUGAAAAAAAAAACACAAACUUUUUUUCUCUGUUCUCACACCACAAAAUCAAUACAGACAAUUCCUACGACCAAACGUGCCAGCAUUUCUCCCCAGCAGCAAGCAAGCAACUCUGCUGUGGACAUGAGCCUUCUGGCUAACUGGCUAUAAAUUGGGACUCCCAUGACCCCCUCCUUAUGUUAGACUAAUUUCCGAGAGCAACUCACAGAACUUGGAAACACUUAACGUUUACUAGUUUAUCAUAAAGAAUGUUACAGAGGAUAAAGAUGAAAAGGUGCAUAGGGUGAGGCACGGAGGAAGGGGCCUGUGGCUUCAGUGCUCUCCUGGUAAAACAAAAAUACAAUCUCAGGACCUCAAACUCACUAAGCCAAAGUCAGAAGUCAAGCUGGGAGCUGAGUCAUGCAAACCUGCCUCCUGUUUUUUUCCUAAAUAGAUGAAUAUGUGCCUUCCUCACGUUUUGCUCACAAGAAAAUCUCCUAUGGGCCCCAGGAUCUUCACCCUAAAGUGGUUCUGCUAAUUUUCACCCUGACAAUAUACGUUAACAGCUUAUCUUCACAGGCAUGGACAAAGGACAGAACAAAAAGUUCUUCCUCUGCUCACCUGAGUCAAUGAGCAGUGGGAGUUGCAGUGGCUCAUGCCUGUAAUCCCAGCACUUUGGGAGGCUGAGACAGGUGAAUCACAAGGUCAAGAGAUUGAGACCAUCCUGGCCAACAUGGUGAAACCCUGUCUCUACCAAAAAUACAAAAAUUAGCUGGGUGUGGUGGAAUGUGCCUGUAAUCCAGGGUACUCGGGAGGCUGAGGCAGGACAAUUGCUUGAACCUGAGAGGCAGAGGUUGCAGUGAGCCAAGAUCGUGGCACUGCACUCCAGCCUGGUGACAGAGCAAGAUUCCAUCUCAAAAAAAAAAAAAGUAAGCAGCUGUUACUAGCAGUAUUUACCCUCCAGGUCCCAAAGGAAAGGUGAAAGGCUUCAGGCAUGUUGGAAGUCUGCACCCACAAAAUUCUUUGCUGGCCUCCCAUAAGCAAGGCCAUGCCAAUUGUAACUUUAGGCCUACAAUCCAAAUCUAGCUCCUAAGGCUCCACACUGAUAAUGUCAAUUACUAGCUUAUCUCCCCAGGUGCAGAACAAAGGCAAGAUGAGGUUAAUAAUUCCUUCACCCCUCCCUGAGUUGCUACACAAUUGUUUUCUUCCUCCAUUCCCUUUUUCUUCAAAGGUUCAGCAGUUCUUAUGUAAAAUAUAGAUUUAUUGGGAACUGAAGUCUCACAAGUAUGUAACCAUUCUCCUCACCACCUCCUCUGCUUUUUAAGAAAAGUAUAGAAACACUAAGCCUGCUGAGAACCUCUUUGGAAAGAACGGUUGUGUCUGUGACUUGUCUUCCGGGCACACCCUCAGGGUGGCUUGACACACCUCAGUUGGUUGAGACAGCUGCUGUAGUCACCUGUUUGGUCAUCAACACCAUCUUGGAAGCAGAGAGCAGUCCUCGCAGACAACCACAUCUGCUGGCCGAUGCCUUGAUCUUGGAUUUCCCAGCCUCCAUAACUGUGAAAAAUUAGAUUUCUGUUCUUUGUAAAUUACCCAGUGUACAGCGUUUUCUUAUGGUAGCACGAAUAGAGUCAAAUAGAGGCAAAGCUCAUGGCUUACCACUUCAUGGGGCGGUGCAAUCCUAUAGCACCAAAAAUGAGGAUAAUGGCAAUAACUUUACAGGAAAUGUGACUAAGUUCUAAUUUCUUGUCACAUGAGGCAUGUAUAAACAGCCCAGGAAGAAGGGUCUGCCAGCGGAAAACAGAGAAAAGGAUUCAUCUGUCUGCUCCCUCCUGCUCCUUCUUUCCCAGGACUACAUUCUCCUCAUGAGGAUUGCCUUCCCGAGAACCCCUCCAGAUAGCAUUGGCAGCCACUGCCAUAGCUGCUGAGAAAGCCAGAACCCUACCCCCUGGUAAAGGAACUCAUAUGGAUUGUGAAGCCACAGGAGAAGCCAGAAGUGCCACAGUCUGCUGGGAUUGUGCAGAGGCACUGGGGCACUGGGGCAUUGCGGACACAAGGGAGGCCAUGCCAGAGCCCUGCUAGCACUUCACGGACACACGGCUGGUGCUCGGGGAGAAAGCAAAAGGU